GCAAGCACAUUUCACACAUUGAAACCACUACAGAUUGUAGUAUACAACUUUUCUUUCUCUUCAACUGUCUGUGAUACGAAUGGAGAUUGAUACCAGUUCCAAAGAAAACCAGAUUUUGCGUCGGAAACCGUGUGGUGAGGGUUUUCUGUUGGGAUUUUCUUCUUUUUCUACACUUUCACACCGGAGUCUUGAGGGUUCUUUGAAUCCAUUUUCGAGCUUUUCCGCUCCAUCUGAUGAUCCGUUUCAUAGAAAUAAGCUUUCCACAAAAUUUGCAGAAGAUAGUGUAGAAGCCCAGAUCAUGAUGCAUGGCCUUCAACCCAGAAUAUUACUGGAUUUAAAUUCUGAAUCUUCAUUGCAAACAAUGGAUCAGUGUCAAAUCAACGAACCAUUGAAUCUUAAUUCGUGCUUGGUUUUUGACAGAAAACUCGAAAGGAGAAUUGAUUUGAAUAAUAAAUCCAAGAAAUCCAAUAUAAUUAAAGGGCAAUGGACUCUUGAAGAAGACAGAUUGUUGAGUGAGUUGGUUGGGAAGCAUGGAGUAAGAAACUGGUGUGUGAUUGCACAAAAGCUUCCGCGGAGAUUGGGAAAGCAAUGUAGAGAAAGGUGGCACAACCAUUUAAAACCAGAUAUCAAGAAAGAUAAAUGGUCCGAAGAAGAAGACAAGAGACUAAUAGAAGCUCAUAAAGAACUUGGAAAUCGGUGGUCACAAAUUGCUCGAAGAUUGUCGGGUAGGAGUGAAAACACCAUAAAGAACCAUUGGAACGCAACAAAACGAAGACUUUUAUCGCGCAAAAGGGACAAUCCAAAUACUAAUACUCUCUUGCAAAGCUACAUCAAGAGUGUGAUGUCGUCUUUGGGUUGCAAAGAAUCUCUGGGAAACUCGUCCUUGCCUUCCAUUUCAUCGAAUGGUACAAUGGCCAAUUCGAUGCAAAGGGAGCAAAUUGAGAUGAAAUCCGAAACUGAUGCUCGAAUGGAAGUGCAGUUUGAUAUGCAAAAGCAAAUGGAUUUUAUGGGGAUUUCGUCUUCUAACUAUAAUAUUUGAGAUUUAUUGCCUCUACAUUUGCUUAGUGGACACAUGUUUCAUGUAAUGUUUUAGUUUUAGCGGACUUGAUGGAA